GACACCUUACCACACCGCCACUUCCACCACCACCACAACCAUCUUCAUCUUCACCACCACCACCACUCCCACCCCCCUGCCCCCACCACAUCACACAGCCAUUAGCAGCCAGUAUGGGAUGCUUGACUAUAGUGCGUGCCAUCGUCGUACGCAUGCUGUUCGCGUGUCACGGCCUCAUCUCUCUCUGGAGACUCUAUGACGUAACCAAAGACCUCAGGUUUUGGUACCUGGCUGUUACCCUCGUUGGUCUGUCCUUUGAAACUGCCAUUACCGUCUUCAAGAAAGAUGGCAAGGAAUGGAAAUGGUUCUGCCCCAGCGUCUUCAUUUACCUGCUCAGCGUCGUUCCUGCCAUUUGGUUCCUGGAACUCUACGAAAUGGAAAAACGGAUUCAGAAAGACAUUAACUCAACGCUGAGCGCUUUUAACGAAUCCACCCACGACCUACACGCUCAUUUAGGACGCUUUCUUGGGAUGAAGUUUGAGAUCCACAUUCCGUUAAGGCUUUCAUCCGACCAAUGGAUCCGCACUUUGGAACAGUUCCUCCUGCUCCUGCUCAUUCUUGGACGCUGGCUCCUUCCCAAAGGGAAACUCACCCACGACCAACUCUCGCAGCUUCUCUUGGUUUAUAUUGGAACAGCAGCUGACAUCGUGGAAUUCUUCGACGCUUUCAAAGAGAAGGAAGUUCGUUAUAACAAGUUACUGUGUAUAAUCAUCUUGAGUAUUUGGUCAAUGAGUUUGAUCCAGUUCUCAUUGGUUCUCACAGCAUCCAGCGCCCGUCACGACCAGUCAGGACUGGUAUCCCAAGAACGUACAUCACGCUUGAAGAACUGUUGCCAAGCUGAUGUCUAUGGUAUUAUGAUCUCGAUAUUCCUGCAAGAUGGCCCAUUUUUGGCGCUUCGAUUGAUGCUUAUCUUCAAGUACAAAGUGGACAGCUACACAAAUAUCUUCUUCACAUCCAAAAACAGUCUUGUCAUUAUUCUCUUAAUCUACAGACUCGUGGUUGUACAGAUAGAGAUGAGGAAAUCAAAUUCACCAAAGAUAUCUCUACCGAUUCAUGCCAACCGGAAGUACCAAACAGUUCGAGCCAUCCAUGAAACCGAAACGAACUUCCCGACUCAAAGGAACAUGUUGCCGAUGACCCAAUCCCCCAGUAAACCCAACGGGGGUAUAAGGGGCCGGGAAUUCUACAGGACUCACCAGCUGAGCCAGCCUGCUCUGAACUCAUCCAGUCACCAGUUGUUACCUGUCUACCAGCAACAACAACCAUCGAGUCUACCUCAUUUGUCCUCGAGGAAGGGUAAAGCACACAUGAGUCACUCUAGUUUGCACUCGAGCCAUUCUAACCAACAUCUCACCCAAAAACCACUUUUCCCUCCAAAUCAAAACAAAAUGACUCGGUCCAUGACCACAGACAGAAUCAAUUCACCCGUCUGAAACCUCCCCCCCAUCCUAGAUACAAUAAACAUAAAAAGAAACAUUCACACACAAACGCCAUUCUAUUAAUCUUCUCUCUUCAUCCAGGACGGUCAACAGACUUGCCAUGAGAAUCAUCCUCACCACCAGAUGGCACCACUAAAUAUUCCUGAAAUUCUUAACUUUUAUUUCUUUUGUUGUUGCUUUCUGUUUUUUUUUUUUAUACUGAAUUUCUUUUGGGACGUCGUUACUAGGAUGUUUUUUUUCUUCAGUUUUUGUUUGACCCAAGGUCAACUAAAUGGGCUGACUUAUGAUGAUGUUCCAACCAUGACCAUCACAUUAAGAUCUAGCACAAGGCUUCUCUAACAGUGCAUUGAAAAGUGUCUCUUGGUGCUCCACAGAGUUUUAAAAAACUGAAGAGUUUAGUAAAUCCCUUAACUCUUGAAUGUCUUAAAAAACAAAUACCUCAUAAGUCAUCGUUUUAUUUUAGACAUCAGUAUGAUUAAUAAUACAUAGUAAAUGUUAGUUUCACAUAUGUGUGUGUGUAUGUGUUGUAUGAGAUAUGGAGUCCUAAAAUUAUGUGGCUUUCACAGCAAGCCCCUCUGACGGACUCAGCUAUCAAACCACACAGUAAUGCAGAAGAUUUCAAUCAAUGAAAUUACUUGACCGUAAAAAGUCAGGUGGUUUGAGAGGUGAAUGUAUCUAUUUAGCCAUUUGACGUCCUCAGGAUAUUUUGCAGCCUUCUUCAUGUAGUAAUAAUUACAGUUAGGAAAAAAAUUGUAUUUACAUGUUUGCAUUAAUGCAAAACAAUUCUGCAUUAAGAAAUCAGUGCAAAAUCUGCUUCUAGACCCGAAGGGGUCACUCACAAUGAGAGCUCGAAUUAAAUUUAAUAAGUUUUGACCAGAGAUAAACAAAGUAAGAUAAUUGCAAUCUCACCUUGGGAGGAACAACUCUACACGAGUUUCUGAUCUUGUGGAGAUAUACUUAAUAUAUUAGGGAGGUGGAGCUGACAGAAUUGUUAGCGUGCUGGGUGAAAUGUUUAACGGUAUUUCGUCCAUCUUUACGUUCUGAGUUCAAAUUCCGCCGAGGUUGACUUUGCAUUUCAUCCUUUUGGGGUCAAUUAAAUAAGUACCAGUUACACACGGGUGUCGAUAUAAUUGACUUAAUCCCUUUGUCUGUCCUUGUUUGUCCCCUCUGUGGUAAUAAGGAAAUUGACAUACUUAAUAUUUUGGAUUAAAGGUGAAUUCCAUAAUCUUGCGAGUGGUCUUCAUUAGAGAUGAGACUUUGCUCACUCUAUGACCGUGUUGGAACAAAGAAAAAACCUUAACACUUUAAGAAAGCAGGUUUGUGUAUCACAUUUAAGGACAACUGUAAAGUAGUAAAUUUUCUAAAUGUUUAUCUAGUGCAUGUCCUACUUUAAUUAAUAUCAAAUUAAUAUGAAAAAGUUUUAAGCAUAGACAAUAGAAACCCACUAAACCCUACUUUAACUGUCAGAAGGAUUAAGGAUAGAGGUGUGAGUACAAUUGUGAGUACGUGUGCUAAACUUCAAAAACUAAAUCCCAAUGAAUAUCCUAGGAAAUAUAUUGAUGAUGGUUACAAUUAUUUGCCAUCUGACUGGAAUAAACUAAUAAAACUAGAAUGUGUUAUGCCUGUGAUAUGCCCAAUAUAAUAACUGUGAACAGCCAUAAAACUGGCUUGCAAAAAUUUUGUAAAAGAAGUGAAAAAGAAAAA